GAAUUCUCAAGUCUCAGAUUCUCAAGUCUUAAGACUCGUUCUUUGAGCUCAAGCACUGAUCUCACAUCUGACAACUGGUUUAUCUCUUGCUUCUGUUUUACCUGGAAAAGAUAGCAGCAGAACACAUGGUUGGGGGUGAGUGAGGAUUAACCCAAUUCCACACCACGAUUUUUUGGCUGCUAAUAUUCUACCAAGAAUGGUGUUGAAUUGUUGAAUGGUUGGAUUGUUAUAUUUUUAUGUCCAUGUUUCCAUGUGUUUAUAUUGUUACAAUGAUAUUUUUGGCUAAUCUUGAUGUGGAAAGUCUCUUACAGGAUUUCGUUUGCUCACUUGACCCGCCAGUAAUCUCUGUGCAGACCAUGGUUAUUAUCUCCAACUUUAAAGAGAUUCUCAUUAUCAAGUCCAUCUUUUCCCCCAAAGACGUUUGGUUUCGCUCUGGCUAUUGGUUUCUAUUAAAAAGAAGUUUCCCAGCGCCAAAGUUCAAUUAAUAGCCCACAAACUAGAGAUUCCUCUUGUUUGUUCUCAUAUGUGAUACUCAAAAAUUUUAUAAUGAAAACCUUGCAUAUUUUACUGUAGCAAUACGGUUUUCAAUCAGCUUAAUCUGAAAAAGUAAUUUUGAAUUCUUUGCUGUUUGAAUUAGCAAAAUUAAACAGGCAUUGGGAAUUUUUCACCAUCCAGAUCAGCAUUGUGACUAUCAGCUAUGGCUCCCUCAGAGCCCCCCUAGAUAAGAAUGACUGGCAAGAGCAGCUAGUCAGUCCUCUUGCAAGAAUGUCUUGCUUUCAUUCUUUCAAAAGCAUUUUCGAAAAGAGCUGUGGUGAAUAACCAGGCUUACUUCAAGUGCCAGACAUUUCUGGUGGUGAUGGAGCACCCUCCCGCUUCCAGGGGUGUGAUGCAAAAGCUCCUCACUGCUCUACUGGGACAGCGAGUCCCGAUUCCGCCUUUAGGUCCCAAUUAUCACCCGGAU